ACUGCCCAAUUGGAGGGUUCUACCCUCACAAGAGCACAGUACAACACCAUACACAGCCUCACCAGCUCCUUUCUCCGUAUCCCCACUAGUGAUCUGGUGUAUGAUGGUCACACCCUCAAUCCUCUCAGUCUUCACUGGCACUGCUCUACUGCUGAAAAUUUAUUCGGGACUCUCCCUCUCCUAACCGAAAUGGCUAUGACACAAAUCAGAAACAUUGCAUUACCCAGUGGAAAGCUUACCAUUCCUCAGUUAAAUGAGAUUGGUAUUCUCAAUGCCGCAUGGGAUGGAGAUGUUGAUGCCCUAGAUUUUGCUCUAAAAGAACAAGUACCUGUGGAUUAUGUAACAACUGAUGGGUGGAGUUCAUUGAUGAUCGCAUCUGAAACUGGACAUGUGGAGGUGGUGGACAAGUUAUUAGUACAUGGAGCUGGAGUUGACCUGCAAAACAAGAAUGGGUGGAAUCCACUGAUGGUGGCAUCUCAGGAGGGAAAUGUGGAGGUGGUGGACAAGUUAUUACAACAUGGAGCCACAGUAGAUCUUCAAAAUGCGGAUGGGUGGAAUGCACUGAUGGUGGCCUCUCAUAAUGCACACGAGGAGAUGGUGGAAAAGUUAUUGCAACAUGGAGCCAGAGUAGAUCUGCAGAAUAAGGGUGGGAGGAGUUCACUGAUCAUAGCCUCUCUGAAAGGACAUGUGGAGGUGGUGGAGAAGCUAUUACAACAUAGGGCAACAGUAGACCUUACCAUCAAGAGCAAUGAUACAUCACUGAUACUAGCCUGUCGGAACAAUGACUUGACCACAGCUUCUGUCCUCCUGAGAGCUGGUGCCUGCCCAAAUUGCUGCAACAAUUACGGACAGACUCCACUUCUGCUGGCUGUGUGGCAUGAAAACCAGGCCAUGGUCAGGGUUUUGGUGCAGGCAAAUGUUGAUGUCAACCAAAUGGAUCAGGGAGGACUCUCUCCUCUGAUGAUGUGUUGUGUACAAGGAGACUCAGAGAUGACAAAACUGCUACUUGACUCUCAAGCUAAUCCCAACCUCCAGCAAUCAAAUACUGGAUACACAGCUCUGAUGUUUGCCUGCAAGGGAGGUCAUCUGGAUACAGUCAUGAUCCUCAUGGGACAUGUAGCUGACCCACUGAUCAGAAAUUCGAGUGGCAUAACAGCAUCAGAUGUGGCCUUAGUCAAUGACUUUCCUGAUUUGUGUGCUGUCAUUAAACUCAUGGAACCUAAAACUACAUCAGAUAUUGCUGAGCACCCUGACACUUCUCUGAUGAAAGAAACAGUGGACGAAGUGGUCAAAAGGUUCCAUGCUCAGAUGGAUCAUGUCCCGUCGUUGUCCCUGUAUGACAGUGACAAAGGUGUGGCCUUCAGAGCUCCAAAAGAACAUUUGAAACAUCAAUUUAGUGAGCAUGAGACGUGAUCUGUGUAUAGGGUACCCUUAAAUAUCUUUUCCUUCUGUUUACUCUGGUAUUAUGUGUAUAUACAAAGUGAAGUUAUUAAAAGCUGUU